AUGAGAAAAACAAACAAUAAAGGACCAUCCUCUAAUAGUCAUGAGUUUUCUGAUCACGGAGGACACAACAUGUUUCAGUUGUCAGGCUUCACAACAAUAGCUCAAAGUAUUCACGCCCUCAUAAUGGCUCUUGACAAUUCUGAUGAAAUCAAUAUUCUUAUCAUCCUCAAUCAGCUCUCUAUAGAGCUUGCAAUUAUUCAAGAAGACCUCUUGGCUGCUAUACCCCUCGAUCCUCUGGUCACUGCCUUCGCCACUUGUCUGCAAAUUGACCAUUAUCGUUAUAUUAAUUAUAGAGAAGUUCAAUGCAAUUCUCGAAGGACUACUUCCACUCGUAUUAACCCUUCGCCUGAUCGCCAACUAGUACACAACCUUAAAAAGGAUGCUCUUGUUGGAUAAGGGCUUGCACUUGCUUAACAGUAGUUGGAUGAAUUAUAUUAUUGAGUCGAGCUUCAAAAAGGUUGCCUACGAUGAAAAAUCCAAAAGGGGUUAACUUUUCUGGUUGACUCUCAAAAGUGUAAAUCCAAACCCAGGGCGCAACUCCUGGUUUCACGCUGGAAAACAGUCCAAUUGGUGAGGAAAUAUACAGCUGCACUGUUGGAAGAUUCCUUUCCAACUCUUAGUUCAAUUCCCCUCCAAGACAAAACUGGCAUUGAAGUUAAGUAUGCAGUCGGAAACUUCGACUAUAGUUCACCAGACAAAGAAAGACCUGCUGGAUGCAUAUUCCCGAACACUAUCCUCUCUUACUCAAGGUCCCUGCAUAUCUUUGGGGUAUAACCUACAAGAGUUAAAAGGGGUGUGCUGUUUCGCCAUUUUAAUGUAUAUCUCUACAAAUUGACCAUUUUCCUGACAUAGUACUCCAAGCAAUUUCUUGCUUGAUGACUAUGCUGGACACGUUACCUAACAUAGCUGGGCUAUUCAUAGCAAGAGGAGGCAUAGGGAUUCUCAGUACAAAACUCGCAAAUUUUGAAUUUAUUGAUGUCGCUGAGCAGGCAAUUAAAUUACUUGAAAAAAUUUCGUAUGAGUCUACAUCAGAAAUCAUAAUGGACAGAGUUUUUGAAAAUUUGGUAAAUACAUUAGAGUUUUAUGAUAAAGAGACACAAAAAAGAAUAUGGAGUAUAUUAUAAGCUGCAUUAAAUCAUAAAAAUUUUAUUUUUUAUAUAAAUUAUCGCUAAAAUUAAUUUAGUAUACUAUAAUCGUAAAUAUUGCAAAAUCAUUGACAUCACAAAAAUUUUUUUUGCAAUAUAUCGUCCCUAUGCUACCUAGCAUUUUAUCAAUGAUGACGUAUAGAGGCGCAGACCAUUGUCUACAAACUGAGUCUGCUAUUGAUUUCUUAAUAGCUUUAUUAGAAAACCUAGCCAGACUGUUUUCAAAAGACUUGAAGGAGCUUAAAGCUCACUUGCAAAGUAUGGGAGAGCAAGGGAUACUUAAUAAUAUAUUAGGAAUUGUCCAUGAAGCUCCAGUAUUGGAAAUGAAAAUUUUUAAAUUAUUAGGAUUAAUAUGUCGAUGCUCGUCAGCGCUCAGCAUUAGCCUGAUUAAUCUUGGGAUUGGUCCGAUCCUUAAAGAAGCUCUUGAAAAAGGGUUCGAUAAAGACUAUUUUUUUGAUGCUUUGCAACUAAUUGACACAAUUCUGCCUGAAGACUUCACUAAAGACCCAAUAGUAAAAGAAAAAGCGUAUGCAUUUAGAAAACAUACAAGAUAUAUUAGAAACUUGGGGGAAAAUUUGACAUCGAGUCUAAUUUUGUGCUAUCAAACGUGUAUUAAUAAAGAAGAAGAAAGUUUGAUUGUGAAUAGUUUGGUAAAAAUUUUUGUUAUGGCCCACUCAGAGUAUUUAUUAACGUUUACCAACUCACAAGCUAUAGCAAGCUUUUUAUCGGAAGUCUUACAUUAAUAUUUAUCUUACUUAUUCGGAAGCCCUCUGUAAUCCUUGAAGGACUAUAUUAACCCGGAACGCCCUCUUCAGUUGCUCUCCUGUUUGUACACGACUUUACAAAGGAAAAUCAUUUCGGAAGAGGCUCUGCACUCGCUAUCUGAUAUUUGAAUAAGCCGCGCCACCAUGUUUACCUCUUCCUAACUAUCGGAAUCAUUUCCAUCUGAGGUAAAAAUCUGGAUUUGGAGUAAAGCUUGCGUCGGCUAACCUGACAUUGCGUUUCACAAAGCAAAUAAAAACCUUGCAGAUACAACAUUCCGAACAUCAUCCUCCCUUCCUCGAGGUCCUGUGCACCUUGUGAGAUGCCAGCAGCAGGAAUUAAGAGGGUAGCUUGGUUCGCCAUUUUAAUGUAUUGCAAUUGCCCGAGGAUGGCGCUAUCUCGCGCCAUCCUCGGGCAAUUUAAAAAAGGGCCCACACCGGGAAUUGAACCCACGUGUGGGGCAUUUUUGGUGCGUGGAAGUCGAUGUUCUCCAAAUACCAAAAAUGGCCCCACACGUGGGUUCAAUUCCCGGUGUGGGGUCAUUUUUGAAGUCUUGCAUUCAAGCUACCCAACUGUAAUUUUAAGCGGACUGAAAAUUGUAAAUAUUUGUUAUGAUAAAAUUCCUCAAGAAAUUUCUGAACUUUUUAAUGAGGUCUAUGCUAAAUUAUGGCGAAAUAAUUUAUUGAGGCAUUUUAAUAAGCUAUUUAAUGUAAAAAGUAUAUAAGAGAAGGCAUUGUAUAUAAAGCUCAAUUAUUCAAUAAUCAGGAUGCAAGUAAACAAGUUCCUCAAAUAAGAAAAUCAAUUAAUAAUAUUGGCGAAGAAAAUACCCUCCAACCUCCAGAUGACUGAAAAAUGCCAAGACGUAUAAAUAGGACUGGGACUGAGCCGCCGCCUGAGUUUUUUCCAACAUUUAAAACGCUUACCUAUGAAAGAGGAUUUCACAAAAACGAAAUAAAAAGAGAAAGCUCCGCUAUAAUUGCUAAAGCAGACCAGCUAGAAAACAAAAAAGCUUUGCGCGUUGCCAAAGACCUUAAAAAACUUGCAAGAAAAUUAUUCCAAAAUGAAACUGCACAAGAAAUUUGAAGCAGACUAAUUGAAAUGCUGGAAGGUGAAAAAUGUCCAAGUUUAUUUGAGUUUAGUAAUUCAGGACUUGUGGAAGCUAUAUGAAGGUGAUUCAGUGAAGGGGAUUUGGAGGAUAAUAAAUCAUGCAAAGUUUUUAUAUGAAGGCUGCAAGAGUUUUUACAUGAGUUUAUUAAAGAAAAUAAUAAAGGAGAAUAUCGCUUGAUCACUUUAAUUAGACUGCUUGAAGGUGCUGGAAAUUAUGACCACAAGUUCAUAGAAAAAGACCCUGAGCCUGCUUUGGUUAGGCCAAAUAACAAGGAGCUUGCUCAAAAAACACGUUUGGUUUUUGAUUUCGCACCAAAUGAAGCUGAAAUCAUUAAUCAAGAAUAUAAGCAUGAGCUAGCUGGGAAAAUGGCUUUUUUUGCAAAAAAUAGCAAAUUUAAUAUUAUAGCUGAAAAUUCAAUUCCGUUUGAUGAGAUAAAAACUGCCUUAUUAAGGAUAAGAGAUAAAGAAGAAUUAAACGUCUUUAAAAACGUUUUUAAAAAAAAUGCUGCAUUUAAUCAAAAAACACAAAAAUUAGAAACAAUUAGUGCCAAGCAUAAAAUGCUAAUUACUUCUAAAGAUCUCAAACCCCUUAAGCACAGCAACCACUUUGAAGUCGCUCAAAAAACCAAAUCAAAGCCUGAUGAAAUCGAAGUAAUCACGACAAUAAAUGGCCAAGAAAUAGAACCCGGGCUAUGCGUUUAUGACUUGCUCAUUAAAUAUGGCAGAUUUGAAGAAAUAAAAUUCCGAUUUUCUCCCCCCAGGCGUAUCUCAAAAGAAUGCAAGUUUCUCUGAGACUCAGUCUCAAUUUACAAAGACUUGAUCAAAGAAAGUCAAAAAACAGGCUUAGACAGCACUGAAGAAGCAAAAAUAAUACCCUAUCUCAGCCUCCUUAAAUUCUUUUACAAAGUGAAUAGUUUUUUGCCUUUGAUUUUAUCCCCUUCCUCGCUUUUAUUUAAAUCCUCAGAACCUCAAAGCAUUGUUUAUCCAAUCCACGAAAAUUAUUUUAAAUCUAAUAAGAUCAGCAUCCAAUUAUCAAGGCAUUUGCAAGAAGAAAACUCAGACUUACCAAGCUGGGCUGCAUCACUUCUUCAAGAAUGCAAAUUUUUAGUCCCUUAUCCUAUUAAGUUCGGGAUUUUUAGAUAUAUAGGAAUAGAAAAAAUGAGCAGCUUAUGGAAAGAAGGGAUACCGAAUAAGCAAAAAAUAAGGAUAAAUAGAGAAAAAAUGCUAGAAAAUGCGAUGUUUGUGAUGUCGGAUGCUACAUUAUUGAAGAUGGGACCGAUUGAGUUUGAGUAUGAAAAUGAAGUUGGGACUGGAAUAGGCCCGACUCAAGAGUUUUAUAGCUUGGUCGGAAGGUCUAUAAGAAAUCUCAGAAUUUGGAGAAAUUCAGGAGAAGAGUUGGGACUGUUUCCGUCACCAUUGCAGUCAGCUGGAAAAAAUGCUUUGAAAUAUUUUUCAUUUAUAGGAAGACUUGUAGGAAAAUCACUGCUUGAUGAAAAACAGCUGGAUUUGCCUUUAUCUUCAGUGUUUUGGAAAUUAGUUAUGAACGAGAAUAUUACGAUGAAUGACAUUUUGAGCAUUGAUAAAACACUUGGGAAAACCUUAUUUGAUUUAUAUUGUUUUCUAUGAGUUCAAUUAAUUCAAUACUAUUUUUUAAUUAAAUAAAUUUAAUAAUAAGCAAUAUAUAUGAAAUUGUUAAUAAAAGAAACAGCUCAAAAGAUAGAAAGGGAGACUACUCGUAUAAAGGAGCUAGAAUUAAGGACUUAGGACUUACAUUUACCCUGCCUGGAUAUGAUGAAAUUGAGCUAAAGCCUAACGGAAAAAAUAUUUCUCUGACAUUGCAUAAUUUAGAAGAGUAUAUUUGCCUGAUUGCUAACUUCCCCUCUUUCUUUGAGCGGACAAAUAAUUUUUAUUUACAAAAUAUUUUUAUAAACUUUUUUUCUGAAAUUUAAAAAAAAAUCCCAAUUUAGGAAAAUUGGAAAGUUAAAAUAAUUUAAUUUGAAAAAUUUAUGUUUAAAAAUGCAAGCUGUUUAGAAAUUCAACAGAAUGGGAUCGAUUUUAUUAUGAUAUUGAUCAUUUAUAUAUAAAAAAAUUUUUAUGUUCGCUCACGAAGGUAGGUGGAGUAAGCACUCUUUAAUGCAAGAAUCCCAAGCUGUUGCAUUUCGUGAAGGGCUGGAUUCCGUGAUUCCAUAUGAUCUUCUAAAAGGAUUUACAGGAGAAGAGCUUGAGACUAUGAUUUGUGGCGAAAUCGACGAGUCAUGGGAUAUAGACACUUUAAAAGAAUCAAUAGUCCCUGAUCAUGGCUACACCCACUCUUCCCAAACUAUCCAAAAUCUUCUCAUCAUAAUUUCUCAAUUUUCUGCUUCUGAGCGUCGAACAUUUUUACAGUUUGUCACAGGCUCCUCAAGACUUCCUAUCGGCGGAUUUCCCAACUUAUCCCCAAAACUCACAGUCGUUAAAAAAGAGCCAAGCAUGCCUGGCGCUCACCCUGACGAAUAUUUACCCUCUGUAAUGACCUGCCAAAACUACUUAAAAAUCCCCGAAUAUUCCUCAAUCGACAUUUUGCAAAGAAAUUUGAAAUACGCCAUGGAAGAAGGCCACGAGGCUUUUCACCUUUCUUAA